GAUUUAUUGGCGGCUAGGGUUAACAACGAGGAGGGCCGAGCGCGAGCGCGAUGGCGGGACUGGUGCUCCAUGUGAAUGCCGGGAUCAACAAAAAUGCGCACAAAGUUCUCAUCGUGGCCGAGAUUGUGGGAGUCAAGGUCGAUCUGGUUCCUGAUUUCGAGAUGGGAGUGAGCAACAAGACGCCCGAGUUCUUGAAGCUGAAUCCGUUGGGAAAGGUGCCCGUGCUAGAGACACCGGAUGGUCCGAUCAGUGAGAGCAAUGCGAUUGCUAGAUACGUGGCCAAUCUCAAGGGAAAACUGACCGGGUCGACACUGUAUCAGACUGCCCUCGUUGAUCAGUGGAUUGACUUCGCGACUACCGAAGUCGAUACCAGCUUGGGGAGGUGGUUGUAUCCACGCUUUGGAUACCUCCCUUACGCGCCAGAGGUGGAAGAGCAUGCCAUUGAGGCGAUCAAGCGGGCUUUCGGUGCCCUCAACAGUUACCUCGCAUCUCGGACAUAUCUCGUGGGUCACUUCGUUACCCUGGCGGACGUAAUCACGAUCUGCAACUUGACCUGGGGAUUCCGGUCGGGAGUUUUUUCGGAGGAGUUCAUGGCCCCUUUCCCUCACGUCGAGAGAUAUUUCUGGACCGUUUCCGCUCAGCCGGCGUUCAAGAAAAUCCUCGGAGAGAUUGUCCGUGGUUCAGUGGAGGUCCCCCCUCCCCCUGCCAAGGGACAGGCACCGCGAGGCUCGCAGACUCCAAGGCCAUCAAAGGCGAAAGCGGAGGCUCCCAAGCCCAAGCCCAAGGAAGAGGCGCCACCCAAGCCGAAAGAGGAGGCCCCGGCCGCUGAUGAGGAGGAGGCUCCCAAGCCGAAAGCCAAGAAUCCUCUCGACUUGCUGCCACCGAGUCCCAUGGUUUUGGACGACUGGAAGAGGCUCUACUCCAACACCAAGGCCAAGGACUUCGCAGAAGUUGCUCUCAAAGGAUUCUGGGAGAUGUAUGACCCCGAGGGAUACUCCCUGUGGUUCUGCGACUACAAGUACAACGAUGAGAACACGGUGCCUUUCGUGACGAUGAACAAGGUGUCGGGAUUCCUGCAGCGCAUGGAUUUCAUCCGGAAGUACGCGUUCGCCAAGAUUUGCAUCCUGGGCGACCAACCGCCGUUCAAGAUCAAGGGGGUGUGGCUGUUCCGGGGGCCGGAGAUCCCGCAGCAAGUCAGGGACGAGUGCUACGAUCUGGAGCUGUACGAGUGGACCAAGGCCGACCCCACGGAUCACGUCCACAAGGAGCGCAUCAACGCUUACUUCGAAGAGCCGGACGUGAUUGAGGGCGAGAAGCUGCUCGAGGCUAAGUGCUUCAAGUGAAGAGAGGCGGUGUUUUGUUUUUGGCUGGCUUUUAUAUUCUAUACGGUCGUAUUCUUUUUUGUUCCUGCAGUAGAGUUUCCAUCAAUCACACCUUGGGUGAUUGCGAAGCAACGCAUGAUCAGAUGUGGUAACUCGCUGCCAAGAACAAAGUGUGGAACUCGCGACGAUUUU